AUAUUCCACAAGAAAAAAGUUACAUACAAAACAAAAGGCCAAACGAAGCCAUGAAAACCCCGAAUAAACUACUUGUCUUUUUCCUCCUAUUUACGAUCUUUGCUUUCCAUAUUGCAGCCCAUGAUCUAAGCAAUAAAUUCAUAUCUCAAAAACCCGGUAUAGAUCCAUUUGAAUUCCUGGAUAUUGAACUAAACCCGGAUGGGUCUCUAACCCGAAACCGAAACCCAACUGUUCCACCCAACACUACUUCAUCUCUUGCUUUCUCCAAAGAUGUUCUCCUAAACCCGGAAAAGAAAACAUGGGUCCGAAUCCACAUACCCAAUAAACCCGAAUCCGAGCUUCAAAACCUCCCAAUGAUUCUCUUUAUCCAUGGAGGUGGGUUCAUUAUGGGAAGUGCUAUCGCACCCGACGUUGAUUUAUUUCUCGAAAACGCGGUGAACCAACUCAACGUGUUAGUCGUGUCGGUUGAGUACCGGCUCGCACCCGAACACCGCCUACCCGCAGCGUAUGACGACGCCAUGGAGGCGUUGCUUUGGAUAAAAGAAAAUAACGAUGAAUGGGUGAAAAAAUACGGGGAUGUAACAAAAUGUAUUAUAAUGGGUGAAAGUGCGGGAGGAAAUAUUGCGUAUACGUUAGGUAUACGUGCAUCUUAUGUAGUUGACCGAUUGGAACCUUUGGUUAUUAAAGGUAUAGUUUUGAUGCAACCAUUUUUUGGUCAAGUUAGUCGAACCGAAACCGAGUUAUAUGCUAAUGGUGGUUUACCUCUAGAGGUGACUGAUUUAAUGUGGAAUUUUUCGUUACCAAUUGGGGCUAAUCGGAACCACCCAUAUAGUAACCCGAGUAUUGAUACGUUCAGUAAGUGGGACAAAAUCAAAGAGCUCGAUUGGAAAGUCGCAUUUGCGGCUUGUGAUGGUGACGGACUUUUUGACAAGGAAAUCGAAGUGUAUAAUUUAAUGAAAAAUUAUGGAGUCAAUGUUUUAAGUAGUUUUGGAAAAGGAGGUUAUCAUGGUAUAUAUAUUCAAGAAAUGGAUCAAUCACGAAAGAUUUUUGAACUUGUUGAGAGUAUUUUAUCGUCUUAUAUGUCAAAUUAA